ACUUCAAAUUUGGCUAAGGCACGACAGAUAAUUUGAUGGAAUUUAAUGACGCUAUAAAAAUCAAGCACAAGGUCCAACGGGAACCAUAAAGACUGGCAACGGAAAUGCUAUUGCAGUUUACUGAGUUUAUGGUGGACUUUAGGCAUUUGCUGUCUGAUAAGAUGUAUACUGUAGAUGUAAAGAAACCUGUGCAUGCACAAGUGGUUACAUUAGCUGUUCACUAAAAAUCUCAUGCUUUGAAAAGAUAGCCAUUCUUUUUCCUUUGUAUUUGUUUAAUGUUUUACGAGACAUGAAGCCAUUCUUUGCUCUUCUAUCAGGGUUCUUGGUCAUUGCGUCAUCUUGUCCCAAUGACAAGUUCCUCUGCGGCUCUGGGGAAUGUUUGCCUUUGGAAGUGAUCUGUAAUUCCACAAUCGACUGUAAAGAUGGCUCAGAUGAAGGUUUUUGUGGUGGGUGUGGUUUUGAGAAUGGUUCCUGUGGGUGGAAUGAUACAAGCAAGACAAAUAGUUGGAAACUGGUGAUGGCCAACAUGACCUACAGACCUACACCCGACCAUACCACAGAAAGCCUCUUGGGACAUGUCAUGUAUUUAAAUGGCAGCAACAUCAAGUACCCAUCAAAGGCUACAUUGGAGCUCGCCGUUGCUAGCGGGGCAGCUCUGGCGUGCCAUCUCAGCUUCUGGUACCAAUUUCAAGAUGUAAAAGGCAGUUCAUGGCCUCGCCUUCGGGUAAAUAUGCUGAAAGACGACACUAAAACCGAGUUGCUGUCGAUUGAAGAGAAGAAGGAAGGCUGGGAGAACGCCACGGCGUUCAUUGGAAAUCAGCCCGGAGGCUACAAGCUGGAGUUUUCAUUCGACGCCCCAUUUCUAGAUGUCUGUGAUGUCAUGCUUGACGACAUUACCUUGAAGCACUGCGGGGAGUGGGACGUUCCCGCGGGAUCAGACCAACUCACGUGUGACUUCGAGAAGGACACUUGCUCCUGGUAUGCGGACAAUACCAAGCGCCUUUUGUGGAAAAUAAAUGGAAGAUUUGGUGAACCAGGAUACGACCACACCACUGGUAAAGGUCAUUACAUGAAUAUCGAAACCAGAAACAACCUUGAUACCUCCUCAACGGCGAGACUCAUCAGCUACCCCCAGCCAGUAACCAAGGCCAUAUGUGUCAGCUUUUGGUACCACAUGUUUGGCAACAGUAUUGGUUCUUUAAGGUUCAUUACUAAACGCGCGGGCGAAAACGAGACGCUGGUUUGGAUAAGACAAGGAACCCAGGGAAACAAGUGGCGCUUCGCUGACCUCACUUUCCAAAGUCAAAGUCCACUACAGUUCAUUAUAGAGGCCGGUGAAAAUCACACCAAAGGGAGCAUAGCCGUGGACGACAUAGAGGUGAGCAGCAGCACCAGCGGCUGUCCGGCUGAGAGAGAGUGCACCUUCCAGUCCUCCCUCUGCGGCCUGCAGCCCCGAGCUGAACCAGACUUCAGCUGGAUAAGAACCAGAGGGAUCCAGCCCACCAACUCAUCCGGCCCGGCUUCUGAUCACACCCUUGGGACAGAACAAGGGUUUUACCUGAGCGCCAGGCUGUGGGGUCACCCCGCCGGCACCACGGUGGGCAUGCUGAGCUCAGUGAUGGAGCCCCGAGUGGGCGGAGAGUGCUGGAUGUUCUGGUACUACAUGGAGGGCGAGGACGUGGGCCAGCUCACCGUCUCCGUUCAGACGCCCGAGGUGCCCAGGAGCCUGGGUGGGCAGAACUGGACGCGGACCGGAGACCAGGGAGGCCACUGGAGGCACGCCCGGGUGACGGUGGACAGUCGUGAGGCGCCCUACCAGCUUCUCUUUGAGGCCACAGCCGGGAGCGGUGCGAGGAGAGAUGUGGUCAUCGACGACAUCAUUGUUCUUGAUGACAUCUGUCCGCCCGAAGGAUACUGUGACUUUGAGAUGGACUACUGUGGCUGGGUGAACAGUCCGCCGGCCAACUCCAGCCUGGAUUGGGACUGGCUCUCAGAAGAGGACCACACGAUUGGUACAAAUGGACAUUUUGUGAGGAUUUCGUGCGACUCUCGAGGAGAGGAGCUGAUAGCGCGCCUGGAGACCGAGUCAAUGCCUGCAGUCGAGAGCGGCUGUCUGGAGCUCUGGCACCAUGCUGAGAGUUUUUUAGGGGGCCAUACAUGA